AUGCUGGCCCUGUCAACAAAUUUAUGGAUGAUAUUUGCUGGGAGAGUGAUAGCGGGCAGCGCAUUGGGAACGCUUUUGAUAACGAAUGUGGUGUACAUUGGAGAAAUUGCAUCAUCGAAUAUUAGAGGAAUCUUCCUGAGUGGUAAAGGAGUAGCAAUGACAGUUGGUACUCUAUUAGCUUACACUACAGGACCCUUUAUAACGUAUGCUGCUACUGCUUACAUGGGACUGAUUCUGAGCUUAUGCUUUCUUUUAAGUUUAUAUCUCAUUUCAGAAUCACCUGUGUUUUAUGUAUUACAAGGUAAUAAUGCAAAAGCCAAGGAAAUCCUGCAAAUUCUAGUGAAAAAUAACAGAAAGGCUCUGUUUAUUACAGCACCUUUGCAAAUUUUGCAACAAUCUAGUGGAAUUUUAGCGGUGGUAUUUUUUUCAACAAAUAUAUUCAUAUUAGCAAGUUCAUCCAUAGCGCCGGAUAUAGCCACAAUAAUCAUGGGUUUGACACAAUUAGUUGGCAGCAUAAUCGCACCUUUGAUUAUUGAAAAAUCUAGAAGAAUUUUACUAUUAUUUUCAACCGCACUCUGCUCCUUUAGUUUAGCGUUAUUAGGUGCUUACUUUUACUUCGAUGGCUUGGAUUAUGAGUUUGUUACAAAAAUUCAAUGGCUACCGUUAGCAACCCUUAUUAUGUACUUUAUGGCGUAUGAUAUGGGUUUCAGUGUUAUCCCAUCAACACUUGCCGGAGAAAUGUUUCAACUGAAUGUAAGAAAUAUAGGUACGACGUUUGUAAUACUUUGUGGGUGGCUUUGCGGCUUCGGAGUUACCACUGCCUUUGGUUAUAUGGUUACUGAGCUUGGAGGCGAUGUUACUUUUUGGAUAUUCUCUGGAACGUGUGCGAUAGCAUUCUUUUUCACGAUCUUUUUCGUGCCUGAGACAAAGGGCAAAACAUUGAUGCAGAUCCAAGAGAUGUUCAGCGGAAGUCAAGGAAACAAAGAAACACAGUCUCCGAAUAUAAACACUGAAGUUGUACUGCAGGAAUAA